UGAUCUUCUCUCAUACCAUAGAAACAGGUGCCAUUGCUAGUCCUACCAAUUCUACAUAGGAUUUCCCCUGGAGUAAUGAUGGAUUUAAAGAAAGAAAAAUGAAAAGUGAAAACUAAAAAUGCAAAGAGGAGUUACAUAUUAUGAUAUCACCUUCGUGGUGAAAAAGUUUCAAAAAUAACCAGAAAAUAUGCAUUCUCAUGACAAAAUGAGCGACAUUUUUCCCGGAAGCUGAACAUUUAGGAUUAUAAUAUAAUAUAAUGGAUAUUUACUUUUAAAUAAUAGGAGGAAGUUUCUAGUAUUUAUGUACGUUAUGAUGGAUGGGGCGGCGUUAGCAUUUGGUAAAGACUCAACAGUACAAGAUAUAAAGGAAAAAAUUAUCGAGACACCGACAUUAACAAAGCUUGAGUUGAAUGAGUGCAUUCAUAUCAAUGAUACAGCCAUUGCCGAUGUUGCAGAGACACUUACCAAGGACCUUCAGUCCCUCAUUGUCCGUAAAGGGAUAUUUACGGACAAAGGGGUAGAGUUUAUUGCCAAAAGAUGCCAGCAGUUGCAAAAUGUGAAGUUCAUAGGGUGCAAUGCUGUCGGUGAAGAUGGGAUGAAAUCUUUAGGGCGACAUUGCAAUGACCUUCGCACUGUUGCAUUCAUAUACGAAGUCAACACCGAAUGGCACAUCAUCGACAAAUCGCUGAGUGUUCUCGCCAAAAGCAUAUCAGCAGAAAUUAACUCAAUUGCAUUUGUGGGAUUUGAUGAGAUCACAGAUUUGGGAGUGAAUUAUGUAGCCGAUGGCUAUCAAAAUACUUUAAAUCAAGUGAACUUCAGCCACUGUGGUAAAAUCACAGAUGACGCCCUGAUAACUUUAGCCAAAUGUUGCAAAGGGCUUCGAGAUAUUGAGCUCAACUCUACGAACAUUACCGACAAAGGUGUUUCACUUCUUGCUUCAAAAUGUUCACAAUUGGAGAUAGUAAAUUUUGGAAACUGCUUAGAAUUAUCGGACUCAAGCAUAGAAAACUUAGCCAAAGGGUGCCCAAAACUAACUCAAUUAAAUGUAGAAAGCUGCUAUAGAAUAACGGAACUAUCUCUUGCAUCUUUAGCCAAAGGAUGUCUAGAGCUUGAGGUGUUGAACUUUGAUCAGACCUCUAUCAGGACAAUACCCGUGCUUAUUGUUGGACUAAGAAAGUUGUCCAUUUUGAGCCUCCACGCCUGUAGAGAAUUGUACCAUCCACCACCUGAGGUUAUCGAUCGACAGAUUGACGGUCUUUUAGAGUUUUAUAAGGAAUACAGUCUUGCCUACAGAUUAAAAGUUUUUCUACUGGGUGACCAAAAUGUUGGGAAAACGACAUUAGCUAGUGCCCUCGUUGGGUCGCUACUCGGUGCAACCGAAGGACCUACGGAGGGUGUCAAUAUUGACCUCUGGCAUCCUUUUGUUGACUCGCAAAAUGAAAAAUUCAUCCAAAAACAAUUAAGACAGGGAGAGAAGAAUCUUACAUUUGAUAUAUGGGAUCUUUCUGGUCGCCCUGUGCUCCAAGGUGCUCAUCAGGCGUACAUGACCAAUGGCGCCAUCUACAUUGUAGUAUUUAAUCUCAGCAGUGACGCUAGUUGUAACAGCGUGGCUUCCUACUUAGAUGCAGUGCAAACAAAGGCCCCGGGGAGUCACGUAAUCCUUGCUGCAACGCAUGCUGAUAAGUUAAACAGCGAGGAUCAGAGGAAAGCUAAGAUCCAAGGUGUGUUGCUUCCAAUUCAGGAAUUAGAGAAACAGAAGGUCACUCUGCUACAAGAGGAAAUAGACAGUCUAAAACAAUUUGGAAAGGAGAAUGUGUUUCUAAAACGCAUAGAGGAAGUAAAGUAUGUCUUGAAGCACCAACUGAAUGUGCCAAAUAGCGUAAUAUCCGUUAACGCAGCCACUGGAAAGGGUGUCGAUGAGAUAAAGACUAAACUAUUCACUAAAGCCCUCGACCCGAAGACGUUUCCCCAUCUGAUUCGGGAGAUCAAGCCCGGCUUGAUACAAUUGUAUGAUGAGAUACUGAAGCUGCGCCAGAAGGGCACUUUGUUGAUGACGUGGAAGGAGUUUAAGGAGAUGGCCAUGUGUGAGGAGCGCAUCCCCCAGGAGGAGAUCUUAGAGGGCGAGAUAGAGUUCCUUCACACUGUUGGUGGGGUUUUAGACUUUAAAUUCUCUGAGAAUAGGAACCCGUCUGACCCCCGGGAUCGAGUCAUUUGUAUUUAUCCUUAUGCCUUCGCUGAGUCUAUCUGUGCCACGAUUGUUGACAAUGACAAACAAGCUUUUCGAUUUGAAGCUCGAAGAUUCUGGCCUAAAGAGUCUGGCUAUCCCAAGCCUGAUCCUGCUAUCUUAGUGAGGGUUCUUGAAGAAAUCCCUCUAGAGGGGCUUGUUAGGAUGUCACUGCUGCCUCUCAUAUGGCAGGAUUUCAACAUAACAGAUGAGCAAGCUGUUCUGAUGGUGGAAACUCUUGGGAGAUUGAGUCUGUUGUCCAAGGCUGAAGCUUCAAAGACUCCCACCAAGGGCUUGGCAUUGCCCCAUUUCAAGUCUCUCAGCACACAGUCAAGAUAUUACAUCCCUCUCAUGAACCUAAUGCCAGAUAUAAAACCUCAACUGAACUGGACACCGACGCCAUUCAAGGGAGAUCUUCAAAUUGGUUGGCGCUACGACUUCCCAACAGGGGUGCCACCCGGCCUGCUGUUGAGGGCAUUAGCUAAUGUGAAGCGUGCCAGCAGCGAAUUUUGUAACUAUCAACAUUGCUGGAGAAACGGAGUCUUGUCUAGAAUAGACGAGGUUAGUAAUCAUGUGUUAAUUGUACAGUAG